AUGGAUCCGAAGAGUUUGUACGGUCUUGACGGUUCCGAUUCAGGAUUCGAAAUGAGCUUCGACUCGGAAAAUGAAGCUACGUUUUCGUUGGACGAUACUAUGGGCUCCGAGGAUUUCGCUUCGUCCGUGAGCUUAGCCGACGACGACUUACAAGUAAAACCAAAAAAACGCAGACAAAGAAGAACGAGAGAACGAAGUCCAAUGCAGCUGAUUAAAAUAAAAAAACACCGUCGUAUGAAGGCAAAUGACAGAGAGCGAAAUCGAAUGCAUAUGUUAAACGAAGCUUUAGACAGACUUCGGUGUGUCUUACCAACAUACCCAGAUGAUGCGAAAUUAACAAAAAUCGAAACUCUCAGGUUCGCUCACAACUACAUUUGGGCACUAUCUCAUACACUACAGGUCGUCGAGACUAGCGAACAAUCCCCAAUAGACCAAGACCAACCCCUAAUGCUUACCAUGGGAGACGUAACGGUCAGCAUAAGCCAACAAGGCAACAAAAUCACCUCUUCCACGGGAACAUGUGCUUUGGCACAACAGAAGAAACCGUGCUCGCCGAUAGCCGAGCCACUGGCGACUUCAACGCCUAUAAAGGAGUCCAAGACUCACCAACACACGGUGACGAGUCACUGCAGUCUCAAUGAUUCUGGUUACUUUGAACCACAACGUCUCGACCACCUUCUUGGUAUAACCGCCGAGCAUACUGGACAUGACCACAGUUACCAACCGGACAGAUGGCUUCAGAAACCGGGCGACACUCUGCACCAGCACCACCACCAGCAGCCACCGCCGACCGACAAGACGUGGCCCAAUACUGCGUACUGCAAUGAAUACCAACCUACUUGGCCGCUGCAGACUGCGUGGCACAAUCACGGACCAUUGACGUAUCCGUCAUCGGCUAUGGACCAGAGGUGCCAUGAACCGAUGAUGUUCUACUCUUGAGAUCGGUGAGAAAAACACACCGCUUCAGCACUAAUGCCGGGAGAAUUUAACGCUACCCGGCUAUCGGUUUCUGAUCGUCACCAUUGCUCAUCCUGCUAUCCAGGAUAUCCUGCUCUCGCUCGGUGCUUUUAUCGUUUGUCUGCCCAGGUGACACGAAAACGUGUACUAGCUAUGACUGUAGUAAUUAUCGGGACUUAACUGAAGUCCGACUUGUUUGUAUAUAAAUAUAUUAAUUUACUUUUUUUCGCGAGCACUCGUCACCAUCAAGGCGGUCGAUAAACAAUAUUAUAUUUUUGUACCUAUAUACUAUUAUUAUAUAAUGAAUAAAAUAAAAUAUACGCAUUAUAUUAUUAUUAUAACAGUUGUAUAAUAUAUGAAUUGCAUUUGUCUUCCGAUGAGCGAUGUCCUGUUCAAUUCUAUACGGAAUAAUUACAUGACACCGCCCAGCAGAGUACUUACACCCAGGUCUGGUAUAUUGUCGCGUGGCUAGGGUGAGCAAUGAGCACGGUGGUGGUGGUUAGAGGUGCCUGUUUUGUUCCGGUGUAACGCCUCCACGAGAACUUGUAAUCCUCCACCGUAAGCCGAUUAUCCGGCACAACACGGACCGACCCGUCACCCGUGCUCGGUGCACCCCCCCCCCCAUCGACAAUUUGGGUUCAUGCUGUUGUCCCGUAAACAUUUUGCAAGCCCCGUUAGGUUGCAACCAGUUCUACGCCCGAAUUAAAGUAUGACCAACCUGCUGUUGUACGUACAUUUUUAAAUUUCUAUUUUGUUUUUUUUAAAUAAAGAAGUGCAAAAGUAUAGAGAGA